AUGACUUUGGAUCGCACCGACAUGGAGAGGCUUCGUGCUGAUCUUAUAGAACGAUCACGCAUGGAGAGAGGUGGGAAUCCGAAUGAGGGCGUUGUCAAUGCCAAUGCCAACGCCAACGCCAAUGUCGAUAUCGAUGUCGAAGCUGGACAGCGACAGCCCAGCAUGUCAGAGUCUCGUUCAAAUAUUGCGCCUUUGUCACGGUUGCUGGGCCGUGGGCAACCUGCUUCAAUGACUGGACAAUCCCAGCUUCCCGAAACCGAGAGCGUCAAAUCCCAAGAUUCCAAUUCGAACCGACUCGGCGCUGGUCGAAGAUUUGCUGUACCAAACUUUUUGAGAAUAUGGGGCCGUAACAGCAACCCAUCGCAACCUGACGAUAUCCGCAAUACGACCGCCUCUCCCUCACCACUACUACCAAUUACUGAGCCUUUGUCGCCAACGAGACCGGAACCCGUCGCUACACCCUCUUCACAAUCGCAACAAUCUCGACGUCAACGGCGUCAACAAAGCACUUCUUCUGCUCCUUUGGAGGCGCAUCUCUCUGAACUUCUUGGUGGACCCAUUGACAGACCAAGAAGGAGGAGGGAACACCAUGAGGGAGGCCAUCGAUCACGUAGAAGUCGUGAGCAACACCCAAAGUACUUCAUGGGUUGUAUACCAUGGGUACGGUCGAGGCGUAUGCGAGCACAAAUCUUGAGGUGCAUGACCUCGGGUCUGUUCUUGAUCAUACUCGUUACCGUCUAUCUCUGUCUUUCAAUGACCAGCAAGGUUAAUACACGUGAGAUGAACAUCAUGCUCAUUCUCGUCAUCCUCUUUGCGGCAGCUUUCUUCUUUCACGGACUCAUAAGGCUCUGCCUCCUGAUAAUAAAAGGCAACCGAGAGGCUGCUUUGCGGGCGAAUAGACCGCCUCGAUACCGCGGCCCACGAUAUGCAGUACCCCCAGUUCCAAUCCCUGUUGUUCUUGCGCAAGACGAGGAGGCCGUUGGCGGCGACAGUGAAGCGGCUAAAACAAUGCCUCCUGCUUACGGCCGUUGGCGUGAGACAGUGCGAGUUGACCCGAACCGUUUGUUCUGGCAACGCAACGAGAACGUGGAUAUUUCUCAGUUGAGGCCUACUACACGAUCUGGUCCUCGGCCACCUUCAUACGCGUCUGAGGAUGGUAUAUCGUAUGUAGUUGAGGCACAACCUCGAUCUACAGCGCCGACUACUGACGUCCCUCUGCCCAUUCACCCGUCAGAGAUGGGCAGAAGCAAAAGGCAUUUGAACACCCAGAGCCCGAUGAAGGGCAUUGUUGAUUUGAGCGUAUACGAGUAUCCACGGCCUUGCAACCACAUAUUAGCGUCGUUUACAUAG